GCAGGUUCUAAGUCAUAGUGGAUUUCAUGCGAUUUCUUGAUUGGCCAUGACCGAAAAGAAGAAGGCUGCGAAGGAGGCGGCCUUGCAGGGUGCCCGCACGGCAGAAGCCCGCAUCGCAGAGGAUAUCCCGCUUUGCUGUGAGCAUGCCAAUGGAAGCUAUGGAGGCCAAGAAGAAGUUCACUCGGAUUGAUGCUUUUGAAGGAAUCUACGAGUGUUUCGCGCUGGACAUUGCCUGCCAAGUGCUCUACAAUGGGGUCAUGCACUACUCCGCCAAGCAUGCCCUAUUGGCGGCCCAAUAUCCGGAUGCGACGGAUCACCUCCAGGCCCCUGGGAGCGCAGAGGUGUCAGCUGCCCUGAAGCUUGUGGAAGGAGAAGCGGAAGCAAAGACUUGGCCUCAGAUUCGCCUCAAGGCCAUGGAAAAGAUCCUACGGGACAAGUUCCAGAGAUGUGAGGAGUACCGGAAGAAGCUAAAAGACACAGGGGAUCGAGAUUUGGUGUGGGAGAAUGAAGAGGACACCUUCUGGGGAGCGACCAAGGGCCGUGGACAGAAUCAUCUUGGCCGAAUCCUUAUGGAUGUGCGGAAGAGCAUCCAUGAGGAGACGGACUUUCAUUCGUGGCUUUUCCUUUGCUGCGAGUUGGAAAGCGAUUCGGUCCGGUGGCCUCCAGUUGAGCUGGUGGAGAGCAAGGAUGAUGGCUCUGGGGAUACGCAGGUGCAUCGCCUUACUGGCAAGGAGUACUACAAGCUUGGAAAGUUGCCUUCCAACUCUGUGGCCGCGCUUCAUCCCUCCAUCUCCCGUGAGCAUGCGCUGAUCCUCCACAGCAAGCUGGAGGUGGCAAGGCCGACCGGAGGCGUGGCCAUCAUGGACCUGGGAUCCAAGUUCGGCACCCACGUCGAUGGCAGGAGACUUACCAAUGGUUUUGUCCUCGAGCCUUUGAAGUCUGGCUGCAAGCUAAAACUGGGCGCCUCCACCCGAAGCUACGAGGUGCGUGUGAACUUGCGCUCCCAGAUCGAAGAGCUGGAACGGCAGCAGAGAGAACUCAUGCGGGAGGUGCAGAGCAUCGACCAGGACGCGGCAGACCCGGUGCAGGCCGCCAAGCGCUUGGCCAAGGAGGAAGCCACCUGCUUUGUUGGAGGCUUGGAAUAUGACACCGAGAAGGCUGAUUUGCUGGGUCUCUUCCAGGACUGCGGUCAUGUUGAGGAGGUGCGCUUCCCCGGACAACAAGAGGUUGGUGGCAAGGCAGUGAAGGGCAUCGCCUUUGUCGUGUUCGACUCUGCGAUGGCUGCGCGGCGUGCGUGCGGCUUGUCGGGCGAAAUGUUCAAGGGUCGGAAGCUCAAGGUGGCGCCGGCCACUGACCGUCCCAAGGGAGGAGGAAAAGGCGAUGGAAAGGGCAAAGAAGCGAAGGGCGAGGAGGGUGGCCGCGGCCACGAUACUGGCAGCCGCCAAUUCCUGCGAGAUAUGCUGGAUGGCAAAUGGGAGCGUGGCGUCGCCCUCCCGUCCCUCUCCCCAGAGCGCCGCGAGCGCCCGCGCCGUGCCUCACCAGUGCGGCGCUCACCAGGGCGGCCCUCGCCACGGCCCUCGCCACGGCGCUCCCCCCCAAGGGACCGCAGCCGCAGCAGAAGUGGGCGGAAGGACCGCAAGAAGACGGAGCGCCGCCGGAAGAAGCGAAAGAAGAGCAGCUCAGAUAGCGACAGCUCCAGCGACUCCGGGGGCGUUUAGUUACCGCGGAAACAGCG